UUUUGAAGCCUUUCUCACCCAUCUUCUCCUCAUAUCCCCUUUUUAUGCCCUCCGUAUCCCUACUCUAUUUGCUUCCAUGUCGCUGGAUGCCGACGUGGCUGACGCCACGGUCAGCCUUUGCGCUUGCUCUUCCUCCGGCGAGAACUCGCCGGAAUCUGACGACAGGAGCUGCCCGCAUUGCCGGACGGUCGACCUUCCAUCUCCACAUUCGCCUUUUUAUUCCUUCUCCUUUCCGAGAUCUGUGUGGGAUUGGGAGAAGCUCUGGAGAUGUAUCACAGCUGCAGGAAAGGGCUUUGUCAUUGGUGCAGGCCUGAAAGGCGGCCUCGCUGCCUUCUCCAUCUUAGCUCGGCUGAGAAGCCGUAGGUUCUCAGCUUCUGCUAGGAAGGUGGGGAUUGUAUCGAAUAUUGAAGCAGUGGUGAUGGCUGUGAAGGAGACAAUGCAAUACGGCCUAUUUCUCGGCACGUUUGCGGGUACAUUUGCUUCUGUUGAUGAGUGUGUUGCUGCUUUUGGAGGGGAAAGUAGGACUGCAAGCUGGAGGGCACUCUUGGCAGGGUUGAUUGCUGGGCCUUCACUGCUUUUGACCGGACCAAAUACACAACAUACAAGCUUGGCCAUCUACACUCUCAUGCGUGCUGCUGUAUUGGCAUCACGUUGUGGAAUAAAGAGCAAGCGGUUUGGAUACAUUUGCAAACCUUUGACUUGGUCACAUGGAGAUAUUUUCCUUAUGUGUCUUUCCUCUUCACAAAUUUUGUCUUCAUACAUACUGAAACAAGACAGUUUACCUUCAUCAUACAAGUCCUUUCUUAACAAACAUGGCGGCAAGGAUGCUAUUAUUUUGCGAGGGGUCAAAGAGAUUGCCUGCAACAUGCCUUUGAGUAAUUUGGAGGGGAUAGAGAAGUACUACAAGUCUGUUGGCAUUGACAUAAAGCUAGAUCCGAAAAUGAAAGUUCCUUGUUCUAUGGUGCAUGGGCAUCAAUCUUGCACAAGACAUGUUAUUUCUUUUCUCAUUCAAGCCUAUGGAAGAGCAUUACCGGUCUAUCUUCCAGUAUAUCUGAUUCCUGCACUAAUAGUUCAUCGACAAGACCUCUUGAAAAGGCCUUAUACAAUUUUUGGGAAGGGCCUUCUUGGUACUGCAAGAUCGAGCCUGUUUCUCUCUGUGUAUUGUUCAUCAGCCUGGAUGUGGACAUGCCUUCUUUUCAGGAUUUUCAAGAGAUGCAACAUCCCGAUGGUUGCGAUGGGGACGUUUCCUCCUGGCCUGGCAUUGUCAAUUGAAAAGAAGAGCAGGAGGAUCGAAAUAUCCCUCUACUGCCUUGCACGUGCCAUUGAAAGCUUCUUCACAUGCAUGGCAGAUGCAGGUUAUUUCCCAGAGUCAAAGAAAUUGAAGAGAGCCGAUGUAGUUGUAUUUAGCAUAUCAACAGCCAUCAUCAUGCAUUGUUAUGCGCAAGAAAGGGAGGUGUUCCGGUCGAAAUACUUGAACGUGCUUGACUGGGUAUUUGGUGUGCCUCCAAUUUGUGAUAAACAUGAUUAAUGCUAACCGCAUUUUAGGAGUAAGGAAUGUGGCUGUUUUCCGCCUCUAGGUAGAGAGGGAAUUGUAUAUUCUGAGUUAAUUGUUGUAUGUCAACAUGUAGAAAUUCUGAUUUGCAGCA